UGUGCGGAACUGGGGCGACAGAAACGCUUCGGAUCAAGAUGGCAUCAUCCAUGAGUGGGAUGUUUUCGGGCCAGCAGCCGUCAGGUGCGCAUCCCGUCGGUGGUCCCGGCGGACCGGGCCAGCCGGGCUUCCCCGUAACCGCUCCCAGAGCCCCGGGAGGCAACACACUGGUGGAUGAACUGGAGGCUUCCUUCGAGGCAUGUUUUGCAUCUCUGGUGAGCCAAGACUACGUUAAUGGAACUGACCAGGAGGAGAUUCGAACUGGUGUUGACCAGUGCAUACAGAAGUUCCUGGACGUGGCGCGACAGACGGAGUGCUUCUUCUUGCAGAAGAGGCUUCAGUUAUCUGUGCAGAAACCAGAGCAGGUGGUGAAAGAGGAUGUCUCAGAGUUACGCAAUGAGCUGCAGAGGAAAGAGCUGCUGGUUCAGAAACACUUGUCCAAACUGCACCACUGGCAACAAGUGCUCGAGGACGUGAGCGUUCAGCACCGCAAACCCUCAGACCUCCCCCCUCCUGGACCGCUGGCCUUUCUGGAGCAGGCCUCCGCGAGCCUGCCCCCUGCCCCUUUAAAACCAAACUAACACGCUACUAAAGGUGCGGUCACAUUAGUCUUCGGUUAAAUGAAAUUUGCCCCACGCUCAGAAUGUGAGUGACAACGAACUCUGACCUGCAAGGUAGCUACAACCAGCUGGACAUCACACCGCCACGAGAAAUUCAUCCCUGCAUUGAUCGGUCACACAGGGUGGAUGUGAGUAUCUGGGACAUGGAAGUUUAGUGUGGAUGCACCUGAACAAGUGAAUCCUGACUUAGAUUUAGUUUUAUUUCAACUUUUUUCACUAUUUUGAUUUAUGUAAAUAUUUCUGUUGCUGACUUUUUACUGUAAAAAUAAAUUUUGUGAGUAUUUUGAAUCCUGA